CAUGGAUCUGUCCUAAGUGGCGUUUUUUUUUUAUUUUUUACCCUCUACUUUUUCUCCUCACAAAUGAGCUGCUACUGGAUGCGACUUGCCCUCCCCCCGCUGCACUUGUUGCGCAGAGACUAGAUGCGCCGCUGAGACCUUGGAGAGGAGAGGAGAGGAGAGGAGAGGCAGGGACGGACUGCAACAGGUGCACACUGAGAAUCUCCUCCGAAAAAGGCUGCACCGGAGAUGCCAAUCUGAAGUCUUCUUUAGCCAUCACCGCGUGCAAAAACCCAGGAUGCCGGUUCUCACGAGCCCCGACAUCGCCAACAAGUUCAAGGAGAAAUGGUUGGCGGUUUACCCAGAGGACCAGGUCAACGGGUCCGACUCGCCCCCCCUGGACGACAGCCUCACCAGCCUCCACUGGCUCCAGAAUUUCUCCAUCCUCAAUGCCGACCCGGAGCGACCAAGCGGCGCCGGUCCGGGCUGCCCGUCCACGCAACAGCACCUCUACCUGAAGCGCCUCGGCUUCCCCAGAGUUGGCACCGACUCUCCGUCGAGCCCCCCAGCCGGAGACACGGCUUCAACCGGGAUGCCCGUGUACCUGGGGAGCCCCGUUACCUCCGGCAGUGACUCUACGCGGUUCACAAAUUACGCACAUCCGGGUCCCAGCUACCCACAGAUCCCUAUCCAGGCGAGUCCACCCGUAGAGAUAGACUACAAAACCAACCCCAAAGUCAAACCGCCUUACUCCUACGCGUCUCUCAUCUGCAUGGCCAUGCAGGCCAGCAAGCAGCCCAAAGUGACUCUGUCCACCAUCUACAACUGGAUCACGGAGAAUUUCUGCUACUACAGACACGCGGAGCCCAGCUGGCAGAAUUCAAUUCGUCACAACCUGUCCCUCAACAAGUGUUUCAAGAAGGUCCCCCGGCAGAAAGACGAGCCGGGGAAGGGGGGCUUCUGGCAGAUUGAUCCGCAGUACGCUGACAUGUUUGUCAACGGGAUCUUCAAACGCAGGAGGAUGUCGGCCAAUCACUACAACAGCAGCAGCAGCGGCGGCGGCCCCCACAGACAGGGCAAACUGCUCCAGGGUUAUCACAGCGUCCAAAAUGGCUGCCCUUACCAAGCGGUGGGCGGGAAACAGAAGAGCCUCUAUUCUAAAAGCUGCGGCAACAAGACGACGAGGGGGGCGGAGUCUCCUCUGUUGGGGACGGACGCCCACAAAGCGGACAUCCUGAGAGGGGACUUCGACCUGGCGUCCGUUUUUGACGACGUCCUCAGCGGGAACUGUAGCACCUUCGAGGAUUUGGACAUCAACACAGCGUUGAGCUCCCUCGGGUGCAACAUGGAGGUGUCCCUGCAGGGCAGGCAGCAGCACCCGGCGGGGCUGGGGAGGUGGUGCGGAGGCGUUGGCGGGGACAUCGUGAGUCAAAGCCAACAACUGAACCACCACCAGUCCUACGCUUACAUGGACAUAAACGCAAUUUCCAUGGAUUGCACUGCAAGCAUGGGGCAGGUCCAGCUCACGCCCCAGCAGCAGCUGGACCAGGACCAGCUGCUCCAGAGCCAGCACCACCUGCAGCAGCAGCAGCAGUUCGACGAGCCCGCCGUACUGUUCCCGGAGCAGCCGGAGGAUGCGGUGCUGCAGCCCUGGGAGGAGAUCAAAGUGGAGGCGCAGGCGGUUCCUCUGACUCUGGAUCAGGGCUUCAGCCUGUGCGAGGGCUUCUUCUCAGAGAUGCAGCCAUGGGAACGAGUGGAGGCCUAUCUGUGAUAUUUACCCCCGAAUUGACUUCUAAUAAUUUACCCAACCACUUGAACAUCCAUGAUUACAGGCCCAAACUCCAAUCACUCUGAAACGGAUAUAUAA